AGCACAAACUACAGUACACAGACGAAAGUAAAAGCGAAUAUCCGCAACUUUUUAUUCAGUAAGUUGCAAAACCCUAAUUAAUUCGUUAAUCAACUUUUCACUGCAUUUAAGCUGCUGAUUCUUCAAGUGGUCUUCAACAAUGGCUCUGGUUGUUCCUCAUCAAUUCUGCAUCAAAUUCUCUAAACGCGUUGAUUCCAAGGUAUUUUGCCCUCCGAGUUAUAUGAGAAUGAAUUCAAGCAGAGUGUUUGCCUCGUUAUCUGUUGUUACAGAUGUGUCAACUUACAUACCAGCAGCUCCGAUUCUACUGCCCGAAGGGCCGUGGCAUCAGAUUCCAGGUGGAGUUACAGCUGCAAAGGGUUUCAAAGCUGCUGGAAUGUAUGGUGGACUGCGUGCAGUAGGAGAGAAGCCUGAUAUUGCUCUAGUCACUUGUGAUGUUGAUGCCAUAUCUGCAGGAACAUUUACAACUAAUGUGGUUGCAGCUGCACCCGUGUUAUAUUGUAAAGAAGCACUGGAGAAGUCCACAACGGCUCGUGCAGUACUAAUAAAUGCUGGUCAAGCAAAUGCAGCGACGGGUGAUGCAGGAUACCAAGAUGUCAUAGAAUGUUCUAAUGCCCUUGCUCAGCUGCUGCAACUAUAUCCAGACCAAGUUUUGAUUGAAUCCACUGGUGUGAUUGGCAAACGUAUCAAGAAGGAGGCUCUUCUCAAUUCACUUCCAGAUUUAGUAGAUCGGCUAUCAUCAACUGUUCAGGGAAAGGGUCCUCACUAUUAUAAAUUUUGGUUCUCUCAUUUUUAUCAAUGUAUGUACUAAAUUCAGGUUGGAGGAAUGCGAGUAAGAGUUGGUGGUAUGGCAAAGGGUUCUGGAAUGAUCCAUCCUAAUAUGGCAACAAUGCUCGGGGUUAUAACAACAGAUGCCUUCGUUACAAGUGAUGUGUGGCGGAAAAUGGUGCGAGUUGCUGUAAACCGUAGUUUUAAUCAAAUUACUGUAGAUGGAGAUACAAGUACUAAUGACUGUGUCAUUGCUUUGGCUAGUGGUCUUUCAGGGGCAAACAAGAUUUCUUCCUUAAAUAGUUCUGAUGCAGAACAUCUGCAAGCAUGUCUCGAUGUUGUAAUGCAAGGUCUUGCGAAAUCAAUAGCUUCUGAUGGUGAAGGAGCAACAUGCUUGAUUGAGGUAAAAGUAUCUGGUGCAGGGUCUGAAGCCGAAGCAGCAAAGGUUGCACGAUCAGUGGCAUCUUCUUCAUUAACCAAGGCUGCAGUAUAUGGCAGGGAUCCAAAUUGGGGGCGGAUAGCUUGUGCUGCGGGCUAUGCAGGAAUUCCUUUCAAUCCAAAUAAACUUCGAAUAUCACUCGGUGAUACUCUAUUAAUGGAGAAUGGCCAACCACUCCCAUUUGAUAGGGCUGCUGCUAGUGAUUACCUCAGAACGACUGGGGAGGUACAUGGGACAGUCUUAAUUCAGAUAUCCAUUGGUGAUGGCCCAGGGAGUGGACAGGCAUGGGGUUGUGACCUGAGUUACGAUUAUGUGAAGAUAAAUGCCGAGUACACAACAUAAGUUAUGUGAAGAUUAAUCCUAGACACAACGUCAGUUAUGAGAAGAUUAAUCCGAAACACAACGUAAGUUGUGUGAAGAUUAACACGAGACACAUCAUAAGUUAUGUGAAGAUUAAUCAGAGACUCUUUAAGUUAAAUUCUUCAUGAUCCAACUCAGUUGUACGUAUUUUAUUUCUCUAAUGGAUCAUUGCGCCAACAUAUA